AAUACGUUGACCUUCAGUUAAGUGCCGAGCACCGUAAGCUUGUCUACAAGGGGGCACUAAACCGCCGAGGGGGUUCUGGGGAUAAGGAAGAUUUACAAGUCUUCUUCUUUGAUCACGCGCUCUUGAUGGUCAAGCCAAAGACUAAAGGGGACCAAUACAAAGUGUUCCGAAGGCCCAUUCCCCUGGAACUUCUCCAUGUCUCGGCAGCUGACGAGUCUCUGGCUGUUCAAACAAUUCGACCAAGCACCACUGGUCGUGCUGGCGGCAAGGCAGCUCUUGUCAAGCCUGGCCCACAUGAACAUCAUAGUGUCGGUAGUAUAAGUAGUACCGGCCACAAUAGCCCUUUGUCUCUCGGAUCUGCCAACAAUUCACUCAUUGCAUCGAACAAGAACGGAUUCCCCAUUACAUUUACCCAUCUGGGAUGGCGAGGUUACUCCAUUACUUUAUGGGCCGGCACCUUCAUCAGCAAGAAAAAGUGGAUGGAAACAAUCCAGCAGCAGCAGGAUCUGAUGAGGGAGCGAA